AUGAUGACUGAAUGGGAGGCUUUUGACGCCAACUCUUCAAACCUCACGGAGGAUAGUAAUGACCUGGUCCAGCAGUCGGAUGAAAACGAUCUGACCGAUGACGUUGGGGCAUCACAGGCGGAGGAUGCUUCCGCCGAACAGUACGAUAUUGUUCCCCCAGAAAUACGUGAAGACGAUUCUAGCAUUGAACCCGAAGAGUUUCAAGCCGCAAGAAAGAGCACACUAUCACAAAGGUUUUCUUCUGCUGCUCGCACGUCAACCAUGAUAGAUGAUCAAGCAACGAGGCGUUCUAGUCAGAAGGAGAGCCGUAAAAGCGAGAGAUAUGCACUUGAAGUGAUUGAGGAGGAGGAGGAGGAUGACGAUAAGCCAGUUGCGAGGCGUAGCAGUAAGCGAAGGAGUAUCUCCUCCGGGGCAAAUCAAACAGAAGGCUUGGCGGAAGCUCCAAAUGACGAAUUCAUGGAGACCUUGCAGGAAGUAAGAAAUAGUGUGACUCUUCUUGGUGAUUUACUGAUGCCAACGGACGAGAACGCAGAUCGAAAUUUGAUCAGAGAGUCUGCCAGCCCGGAGGAAGUACCGGAAACCAGUCCAUUAAGGGAGUCUAAGAGUUCCCGAGCUGCGUCCAUCAAGGGUUCGGGAAGGGAGUCUAGCAGUUUGCAUCCAGAGUUAGUCGAUGGUUCUAGGAGGGAUUCUGCCAGGUUGCGCUUCGACUCGAUCAACAGUUCGAGGAGAGAUUCUAACAGUUUGCAUCCAGAGUCCGUCGAUGAUUCUAGAAGAGAUUCCACAAGGUUGCGCGCUGACUCGAUCAACAGUUCGAGGAGAGGUUCUAACAGUUUGCAUCCAGAAUCCGUCGAUGAUUCUAGGAGAGAUUCCGCCCGGUUGCGCGCUGACUCGAUCAACAAUUUGAGGAGGGAUUCUAACAGUUUGCAUCCAGAAUCCGUCGAUGAUUCUAGGAGAGAUUCCACAAGAUUGCGCGGAGACUCGAUCAACAGCUCGAGGAGGGAGUCUAUCGGUUUGGGUGUGGACUCCAUAAACGAUUUCAGGAGGGAUUCUGGUGAAUUGCAUGCGGACUCCAUCAGGAAGGCUUCAAGUGUGCAUUCAGCGUCCGUCAAAAGUUCAACCGGGCGGCCUGCCGGGAUGCAUGCAGACUCCGUGUUCGAUCAAGUCAGGAAGCAUAAAAGUGUGCAUUCAGCGUCCGUCAAAAGUUCAACCGGGCGGCCUGUCGGCAUGCAUGCAGACUCCGUGUUUGAUCAGAUCAGGAAGCCUAAAAGUGUACAUUCAGCUUCUGUCAACGCUUCUGUGGAGGAGCCUGAUGAUUUGCCUGAAGUCGCGGCUAAUGGUUCACCGAGGGAGUCCAUCGGUUUGGGUGUGGACUCAAUAAACGAUUUCAGAAGGGAUUCUGGUGAAUUGCAUGCGGACUUCAUCAGGAAGGCUUCGAGUGUGCAUUCAGCGUCUGUCAAAAGUUCAACUGGGCGGCCUGCCGGCAUGCAUGCAGACUCCGUGUUUGAUCAGGUCAGGAAGCCUAAAAGUGUGCAUUCAACGUCCGUCAAAAGUUCAACCGGGCGGCCUGUCGGCAUGCAUGCAGACUCCGUGUUUGAUCAGAUCAGAUCAGCUUCUGUCAACGCUUCUGUCGAGGGGCCUGACGAUUUGCCUGAAGUUAAUGGUUCACCGAGGGAGUUCACUAGUUUGCAUGCAAAUUCUGCCAACAUUUCGAUGAGGGAGUCUACUAAUUUGCAUGUACCAUCGAGAGCCGACAAGCAUGUAUGCAGCGUCGGCCCACAGUUCGAUCAGGGAACCGACAAGUAUGUAUGGAGUAUCGGCCCAGGGUUCGAUCAGGGAACCAACAAGCAUGUAUGCAGCGUCGGCUCAGGGUUCGAUCAGGGAACCGACAAGUAUGCAUGCAGCAUCGGCCCAGGGUUCGAUCAGGGAACCGACAAGUAUGCAUGCAGCAUCGGUCAAUGGUUCGAUCAGGGAACCGACAAGUAUGCAUGCAGCGUCGGCCCAGGGUUCGAUCAGAGAACCAACAAGUAUGUAUGCAGCAUCGGCCAAUGGUUCGAUCAGGGAACCGACAAGUAUGCAUGCAGCAUCGGUCAAAGGUUCUAUCAGGGAGUCAAAUAG